CCCGCUUACACCUUGACCGUUAAAAUUAAUUAGCACAAAAAUUCACUAAUACAAACCAAAAAAGAAAAACCGACUUCUCUUACAAAAUCUCCAUGGCUCGUGUGGCUCCAAACCCUCUUUGUCUCCAUAGAUUCCGGCCAUAUCUUCAAGCCUCUCAUUCUUCACCAUCACUCCUCAAAUCCACUUUCCACUAUCAAACCAAACCUCGCAAAUUCCCUACUUUUUCUUGCCAAACAAACCCCGACUCAUCUGAAACCUCCACCCCAACGCAGGAAAAAGAGGUCCUUGAACCUGGUCCGGUUAGUGAUGAUACCAAAAGAGAGGAUACAGGCGCGUCCCAAGAUUCUGGGUCACCUGAAUUUCCAAAUAAAGAUGUUAAUAAACGAAUAGCAGUGGUUUCUCUUCUUGCUGCUGCCGGACUUUUCUUGUCUUCAAGGUUGGAUUUUGGUGUUUCUUUGAAGGACAUAUCUGUUGCUGCUUUGCCUUAUGAAGAGGCCCUCUCAAAUGGGAAGCCAACUGUUGUGGAGUUCUAUGCAGAUUGGUGUGAAGUAUGUAGAGAGUUAGCUCCCGAUGUCUACAAAGUAGAGCAGCAGUACAAGGACCGUGUGAAUUUUGUUAUGCUGAACGUUGAUAAUACCAAGUGGGAACAAGAACUUGAUGAGUUUGGUGUUGAGGGUAUUCCGCACUUUGCAUUCCUGGAUAGACAGGGGAAUGAAGAGGGUAAUGUAGUUGGCAGGCUUCCAAGGAAGUACCUACUUGAGAAUGUUGAAGCUCUUGCACGUGGGGAAGGAUCCAUACCUCAUGCCAGAGUUGUUGGACAAUAUUCAAAUGCAGAAAACAGGAAGGUGCGCUCAGCUGUUGAUCCUAGAAGCCAUGGGUAGAUACUAUGUUCUGAGUUACAAGACUUGUCAAUUUUUCACCUGAAAUUCAGGUCCGAGGUUGAAUCUUCCAUUCCAUGUUUGACUUUCACCUGCUGUUGAUUUUAUCAAUAGGGGUCACAUUCUGGAUACUUUUUUUCCGUCUUCAGGUUAGCUUUGUUUCUCAAUUAUAGAAUUCUGCGAGAAGAAGAAACUUCUUUAUAGCCUGUAAAACCCAUGUACAGAUCCUGAAUAACACAUGAUCCUGAUGUGGUUUGUAAAUGGUACUUUCAUUUCCCUUUCAAAUCCUGAAUAAGGCGUACUCCUGGUGUGGUUUAUA